AUGCAGGAGACAUACUGCAGCAGCAGCAGCAGCAGCAGCAGCAGCAGCAACAGCAGCAGCAAAAGAAGCAACAGCAGCAGCAGCAGCAGCAAGGUGAACAUACUCGACCUCCAGCUCCCCUCCAACGAGUUUCUUGCUGCUGCUGUCUGCAUGCGCAUGCAGCAGCGUCAAGGAGUUGCAGCAGCCAGCAGCAGCACGACACAGCUGCGCCAAGCUGUCUGUACACCCCAGCAACCCCACACAGCAGCACCAGCUAACAAACAUCACAACACACCACCCUCAGCAGCAGCAGCAGCAGCAGCAGCAACGGCAGCAGCAGCAACAGCAGCAGCGCCACAAGCAGCAACAGCACAAGCAGCAACAGCACCAGCAUCACCAGCAGCAACAGCAGCACAAGUAGCAGCAACAGCAGCAGCAACAGCAGCACAAGUAGCAGCAACAGCAGCAGCAGCAACAGCAGCAGCAGCAACAGCAGCAACAGCAGCAGCAACAGCAGCAGCAGCAGCAGCAGCAGAAUUCUUGCCUGUGAAACAGCAGCAGCAGCAGCAGCAGCAGCAGCAGCAGCAGCAACAGCAGCAGCAGCAGCAGCAGCAGCAACAGCAGCAGCAGCAGCAACAGCAGCAGCAAAAGAAGCAACGGUAA